CAAAAAUUGAUCCAACCUGGCAGGUUCCUUUGACUCAGACAGAAGCGAYCACCAUGGYAGGUGUGAAGCAUGGRGCCGUGGAUAGAUUUCAAUCACGUUGUUGUGUUAAGGGAGCGCGGUCAAUUUUUUCCAUAUGUCUUGAUUUUAGAUAUACUACUAUACGGAAUUCAGGGCUAUAGUGCUGAAAGGAUACCAUGAGCUACAGCCAUCUUUGUUUGCUUUUGAUGUUGAUACCCGACUUAACAGGUGCAGACGUAACAUUGCAUUUUGUUGGUGAUGUAAGUUUUGACACCGCUGUACACUAUUACCACAAGCAUGGUCAUUGCUCCUAUAACAAUAGCUUUGUAAAUGUAGCCGCUCUGUUAAAGCAGUCAGAUCUUGUAAUAGGAAAUCUCGAAAACCCUUUUGUACGCUACGAUCUGCGUAAAGAUGCUCUGGUAGGGCCAUUUACUACUUUAUUGAGUGCUGAACCUGAUAGCGUGGAAGCUUUGACGUUUGCUGGUUUUAACUUGAUGUCUUUAGCAAACAACCACCUGGAUGACUACAAAACAAAGCCAAUCAACCAUACAGUAGAGCUGCUGCUGGAACAAGGUAUUCUGCCCUUUGGUUAUAACUUGGGAACUCUUUGUAACGAAGAACCACAAACUCCAGUAACAGCCGAGGUGUAUGGUAUCAAGAUUGGCUUUCUUGGAUACUGCUCUACAUAUCGCUCUGAACUGGACUCCGAAGGCCACAUUUUCUUCCAUUGUAUCGAGAAACGAAGAGGUCUGGACGUUGGGCCUGCUAUUUACACAGAUGAAGUUGCAACAAGAGAUGUCAACAACCUUAAGGCCAAGGUGGAUGUCAUAGUCGUCUACAUGCACUGGGGAACCAUGUUCUUUCCCACACCUUCAGCACGACAACAAUGUCAAGCAGCACAUCUGCAAUCUCUUGGUGUCCAUAUUGUGAUUGGAAGCCAUCCCCAUGUACUACAAGGACACACCCUUAAAGAGGACWCCCUCGUUGCAUACAGUUUGGGAAAUUUCUUAUUUGGACCUAAAGGAAGAAAUUUGCCAUUUUACUAUAACGGAAAUCCCCCCAUGGAAGUUGUUCGUGAGUUUGAAAACUACAUGUCGACCGAAGGAAUGAGUGACAAUUCAUUAGAGUCACGUAUUCUUCGUGUGGAAAUUAACAAGAAAGGAGUUGUACGUGCUUCCUAUCUGCCACUAAGAAUAUUACAGGACCCAAAGACAAAAUGUAUUCAGCCCACACCAGCCAUGGAUGUCAAGUGGAUUGCAAUUUGCGAAGAUGGAGAUCAAGCUUGUGCAGAUAUUGCUACUUUGCAUUUCGUUGGUGAUGUAWGUUUUGAUAGUGCAGUUAAGUAUUACCACAAGCAUGGCUCGUGCUCCUACAACAAUACCUUUGAAAAUGUAGCAGCCGUGUUGAAGCGAUCAGAUCUGGUGAUAGGAAACCUAGAAAACCCCUUUGUACGCGAGGAUUUACGAAAGGAUGCUCUGAUAGGUUUUAACACUYUAUUGAGUGCUGAUCCAGACAGCGUGGAAGCUUUGAAGUUUGCUGGUUUUAACUUGAUGUCUUUGGCAAACAACCACCUGGAUGACUACAAAACAAAGCCAAUCAACCAUACAGUAGAGCUGCUGCUAGAACAAGGUAUUCUGCCCUUUGGUUAUGACAUUGGUAGCCUUGGUAACGAGGAACCACAAAUUCCAGUAACAGCCGAGCUGUACGGUAUCAAGAUUGGUUUUCUUGGAUACUGCUCUACUUAUCGUCCUGAGCGGGACUCUGAAGGGCGUAUUUUCUUUCAUUGUGUCGAGAAACGAAGAAGUCUGGACGCUGGGCCUGCUGUUUACACAGAUGAAGCUGCAACAAGAGAUGUCAACAAUCUUAAAUCCAAGGUGGAUAUAAUAGUCGUCUUAAUGCAUUGGGGUACUAUGCUCAAUGGCACGCCCUCACAGCGACAACAACGACAAGCAGAACAUCUAAAGUCACUUGGUGUCCAUGUUGUGAUUGGAAGCCACCCCCAUGUUCUUGGGGGACACACCUUUGACGGAAACAGACUUGUUGCAUAUAGUUUGGGAAAUUUCUUGUUUGCACCGAAAGAAAAAAACGCGUGGUUCUACUACAAUCGCAGCCCACCAAUGACGUGYGUACGCAAGUUUGAAAACUACAUGGCAACAGAUGGGAAGAAUGACGAGACRCUUCAAUCACGUAUUCUUCGCGUUGAACUUAAUAAGAAAGGAGUUGUACGCGCGUCUUACCUGCCUCUACGAAUCGUACAGAACCCAAARACCAAGUGUCUGCAGCCAACACCAGUAUUAGAUGCCAAGUGGAUUUCAGUUUGUGAACAUGGUGACAAAGACUGCUUAAACUCAACUUAAACUGGAAUAACAUUCAAAUUCUGAAAUGGACAUUACUACAAAAAUGAGUUCUCUGUUUAACUCGCAUUGCUUUUCAUGACAUACUAAUUUAAAUUUUUAAAUUAAAUUUGUGAUGCAUGCACAUCAAUAAUCCGUAUUAUGAACAGUAAGCAGUAUAAACUCAUACAAGACCAAAUGGUUUACCACGUGUAGCACUAAAGGGAUUAUGAUUCUCAUACAUUAAAAGAAUUAUUCUUGUCUCA